UCUCGGACUCUCUCAGUUGUCGGUGCGGCCGGUGGGGCGGAUCCCAUUAAAAAAAUAAAUAAAAAUAGAGCAACACAAUUUCGGAAAACAAGAAACCAAUUUUUGAAGAAAGCACCUAAAUCGAUUACCUUUUUCGGAAUUAAACACACUGAAAAAAGAUGCCCUCAGCGACUAUUGGCAACAGGACCCUACAGUCCUCCAGUCCAGAGGUGGGAUCCGUUCCAGGUUCAUUAUCUGUGUCUGGCCCAUUCCAUUCGGGGGUUCAGACAGAAGCCAUCAAGCAGGUGCUUUCUGUCAUCGAAAAGAAAGUCCGAAAUCUUGAAAAGAAAAAGGGAAAGCUUGAUGAUUACCAGGCCAAAAAGAACAAAGGUGAACGUCUUAAUCAGGACCAGUUGGAAGCAGUUUCCAAGUUCCAAGAAGUGGUAAAUAACCUGGAUUUUGCACGGGAUCUGCAGAAGGGCUUUUUGGCCUUAAGUCAAGAUAUCCAAAAAGCAGUGAAGAAAGCAGUACGUCGGGAACAGUUGCAAAGAGAGGAAGCUGAACAGCGGCGCCUGAAAUCUGUGCUGGAGGUUCAAUUUAUUUUGGAGAAACUUGGAGAAGAGACUGUGAGGAAUGACUUUAAGCAAGGGGCCAGUGGUAUUCAGCUCUCAGAUGAAGAACUUGUAGCCCUUGAUGAGAUCUAUAAACUUGUGGGGCCAGAGAGAGACCAAAAUUUAAGGUUAACAGAUCAAUACGAUCAAGCAUCCCUUCACCUUUGGGAAUUACUAGAAGCAAGAGAGAAGGCAGUGGUAGGAACAACAUACAAGGCCCUUAAAGAGAUAAUCGACAGAGUUCUCCAGAGUGAUUAUUUCAACAGUCCUCAUACACAUCAAAAUGGGGUCUGCGAGGAAGAGGAUCAGCCGGUUGUAGUGGAUGCACCAGAAUCUGAACAGCCAGUAGAACCAGAGGUUGAAGUUGUUGAAGAAUACACAGAACCCAGUGAAGUGCAACCAACAGAAUUUGUAAACAGACAGUUUAUUUCAGAAACGCAGUACAGCAGCAGUGACAAAGAACAAGCUGAUGAAUGGAGUACAGAAUCUGAGGUGGUUGGUGGUAGUCUACAGCAACAGCCACCAUCUUUGCCAACAGUCAGUCCCGUCACUGCCCCAACAGAGAUGCACACAGUGAACCCAGUCGUCCCCGUUCCUCCAGCAGAUCCAGUUGUCAGAAAGCAAAGGGUGCAAGAUCUAAUGGCACAAAUGCAGGGUCCCUACAAUUUUAUGCAGGAGUCUAUGCUUGAAUUUGAGAGUCCACCUAUGGAUCCAGCCAUAGUAUCGGCACAACCUAUGAAGACUGCACAAACUAUGGAUAUGCCACAGAUGGUUUGUCCACCAGUUCUUUCUGAAUCAAGACUUGCACAGGCAAAUGCAGUUGCUGUUCAGCCAGAAGCCACACAGGUUCCUAUGGUCUCGCCUACACCUGAAACGUUCUCCACAUCAGCACCUUUAUAUCAAACCACCCACACAACAGACCCGCGACCACAGACUGAAGCCUUGGACCCAAUUCAGGUAUCAUUGUCCUUAAGCUCGGAACAGCCACCAACAUCCUCGCCACUUCCUGUUGCCUCACAGGGACAAGUGUUUCAGGCUGUUCCCAGCAAACCACUCCACAGCAGUGGAAUUAAUGUCAACGCAGCCCCAUUCCAGUCAAUGCAGACGGUGUUUAAUAUGAAUGCCCCUGUACCCCCAGCCAGUGAGACAGAAGCACUGAAACAGUCUAGUCAAUACCAGACCAGUUACAACCAGAGUUUUUCCAGCCAGUCACCUCACCAGGUGGAACAGCCAGAACUACAGCAGGAGGAGCUACAAUCGGUAGUCAACACUUUCCAUACCCAGGACCAAUCUAUCCCAGCAGCAGGCAGUCAUCCGCAGCUUUCCCAGCAGCCCCAAGCACAGGGUAGCAGUUUCCCUCGCCCUAGCCAGUCCUAUUAUAACACCCGGGCCAUCACUCGUGGAGGACCCAGAAAUUCUCGAGGCAUGCUUAAUGGCUUCCGUGGCCCUUCAAACGGUUUCCGAGGUGGCUAUGAUGGUUACAGAUCUUCAUUUACAAGUACUCCAAGUAGUGGAUAUGGACAAUCUCAGUUUAACACAUCUCGUGACUACUCAAAUAAUUUUCAAAGGGAUGGAUAUCAACAGAACUACAAGCGUGGAGCAGGCCAGGGACCUCGAGGUUGUUCUCGAGGUCGUGCAGGAGCAUUCCGUUCUAAUAGAGAACUCUCCCACACGGCUACUUUGCAAGCAAAUUAAUUGGACUUUUUGAAAGUUUAUUGUUGAAAUUCACUUUAUGCCACUCCAGUCUUUUUUUUUUUUUUUCUUCUGUUGCCCAUUAACUGUGAACAUGACUGACCAGUGUGCUUUGCAGAAAUUGGCCACCUCUCAGAAAACGGUACCAGUGUGCAACCUUUUUAAAACCAUUCUAUUACAUGCCUGUAUUGCUGUAAAACUCUGUUCUUGUAUUUCA